AUGCCAGGCCCUGGCAAGGGAGCUCGCGAAGAGCUGUGGACAUGGGACCUUUGCACUCACGCCACGGAGGCGGACAUCCCCCAUGUGGUCUACAUGCUGGAGGACACUUUGAAGUCCAAGAAUGCAAUCAGUUCUGGCACCUUCCAGUUCGAGAUUGGCGCACGCACGAAUGGCCGCCACAUCCUCUCCUUUGACUUCGUCGUGCAAGAUGAGGGUGGCGAGGCCAGCUGA